CUUUGCUGUUGAUUAUGAAAAGUUCGCUGAAUUUUCUAUUGUUUUAAGGUUGAUAGAGUAGUUUUUGUAUAUGUUUGCUCUAUGUUUGAGGAAGUUUUAUACUUACAUGCCCUGAGAGGCCUCCAUCUGGCAUACAAUAGUUGUUAAACUAUUGAUUGACCACAGAAUUGUUAGUGACAGCAUGAUCCCUCCCUCUAUUAUGAGGUUAUUGUGCUUUUUCCUUGUUAGCAGAAAAUAAUUUCAGAGGUACUCAUUUGGUACAAUGAAAUGCCCGUUUCUCUGUGAGCGCUUCGUUAAUGAUUUAACACCAGUCCUUGCCUGAGUCAAUAAUUAUAUUGGAAGUCUCAAAAUGAGUUUGUUUUUCUUUCGAAUCUGAUUCUACAUUUAUUGUUAGUCUUACACCAUCCCUAUUUUGUCCUAUGGUCUAAUUAAACAGUUUCCCACUAGUCAUCAAAAAAAUCUUGUGACUAGUUUAUCUCUCAUGGUAUUCCUGCCAUCGCAUUGCCCUUCUUCCUCUUUCUUAAACUUAAUUUUGCGCUUAAGCUGUUAAGCUUUACAGUAUAUGUCUUCAGUUGGACCUAGGACAAUGUGUGAGGAUUAGAGUACUAUAACUAGCUAUUAGGAAUGGAUAUUAUUUCAAUUGGUUCAUUUUCUUUUUUUAAUUUAAAAACAUUUUUUACAUCAUUGUUCAUUUUUAAACAAUAUUUGCUUCCCCCAUCCCCUCAGUGUAGUCCCCAUGGAAUUUCGUUCCCCAGUGCACCUGUGCACCAUCACCUCAAUCCCCUGUGCUCCUCCCUCCUUCCUUCUGAUCCCUCUCCCUCCUCCCCUGCAGGAUGUCUCUGAUUUAUAAUUGUCUGUUUUUGCUUUGUACUGUUACUAUUUUUUUACACUGAUGUCUUAUUUGGUUUCCCUAUAUUCCUGUUAUAAGUGAAACCAUCUGAUUUUUUUCUUUCUCCUUCUGGCUUAUUUCACUGAGCAUAAUUCCUUCUAGCUCCAUCCAUGUUGCUGCAAAUGGCAUGAGUUUAUCUUUUUUUGAUUGCUGAAUAAUAUUCCAUUGUGUAUAUAUACAACAUCUUCCUGAUCUAGUCAUCUAUUUUUGGGCAUUUGGGUUGUUUCCAGGUUUUACCUAUUGUAAUUAGUGCUGCAAUAAACAUAGGGGUACAGGUGGUCUUUUGAAUCUUUGUUUUUGUGUCCUUUGGGUAGAUCCCUAGGAGUGAAAUUGCCGGGUCAUAAGGUAGCUCCAUUUGUAGUAGACUGAGGAACCUCCAGACAGCUUUCCAGAAUGGUUGGACCAAUUUGCACUCCCACCAGCAAGGUUCUUUGGCAUGGAUAAAUGUUCAGUGGGAGCAUUAGAAUUGACUGAACACACUCCUUUUUCAUUAGGGAGUAGUCUCAUGGAUGUAGGAAAUUCACUUGGUGACCCAACAAGUUCUUUAGUCAGUACAUCUAGAAACUCAUCUUUAGAAGAGGAUGAGGAUGAUGAUGUUGUAUUUAUUGAAUCUAUACAACCUCCUUCAACUUCUGCUCCAGCAGUAGCUGAUCAAAGAAACUUUACAUCAUCAAAAAAUGAAAAACUACAAGGAAGUUAUUCCAUAAUAUUUCCAUCUUCAAGAGAUUUGGCUUCUAAGAAAGGAAAUAUAAGUGAGACAAUAGUUAUUGAUGAUGAAGACAUAGAAACAAAUGGUGUGAAUAAAUAUUCUUCUGGUUUUAUUGAAUGGGGACUUCCUGGAACUAAAAAUAAAACCAAAGAUUGGGAUUUCUCCACUACCAGUCUUUCAAGAAGUAAGACCAAGACUGGAGUAGAACCUUUUAAUCCUGGUAGAAUGAGUAUGUCAGAAGAUGUAAUUCAGAAUGGAGGAUUUUCAGCUCAUCAUAGUCCUGAUUCUUGGAUCUCCCAGUCAGCAUCAUUUCCCCGUAAUCAGAAACAACCAAGGGUGGAUUCUUUAUCACCUGUGGCCUCCCUUCCUAAACAGAUUUUCGAGCCUUCUACCCAACAGCGACUUAAUAAAACAGCUAAAAUCACUUGUGCACACUGCAAAAAACCUUUACAGAAGGGACAAACAGCUUAUCAACGAAAAGGAUCAGUUCACCUCUUUUGUUCUACUACCUGCCUUUCUUCCUUCUCUCAUAAGCGUACUCCAAAGAAACAAAAUGUAAUAUGUAAAAAAGAUGCACCCACCAAAAAGGGUACUAUUGUUCCUCAAGUGGAAUUCAACGAACCCUUCCAAGAAUUUUCUAGUGUAUCUUGUUUGUCUCCCUAUGAAGGCAAUCAGAAUCUCAGAAAAAGAGUCCUAAAUAAAUCAAGAUGUACAAUCUGUAGCAAACUAACAGAGAUUCGCCAUGAAGUCAGCGUUAAUAAUGUAACACAUAAACUGUGCAGUAACCAGUGCUUUAAUAAGUACAGGUUAGCCAAUGGUCUUAUAAUGAAUUGCUGUGAACAGUGUGGAGAGUACUUACCCAGUAAAAGUGCUGGAAACAAUGUCCUGAUAAUUGAAGGUCAGCAGACAAGAUUUUGCUGCCAAAGUUGUGUUAAUGAAUAUAAACAGAUUAUGGAAACAAAGUCAAAAUUACCAGCAUCAGAAAACAGAAAAAGAAAUGCUGUUAGAGAAGAAAAUGGAAGAAAAUCAUGUUUAUCAUUGAAUACAUGCUUGGAAAAAAUAGAGGGGAUACCUCAAAAAAAGGAAAAAACUUCAGAGCUGCAGGUUUCAGUAGAAUGUAGCAAAGAUAUAUCACUGAUAAAACAGGAUGUGAGUUUACCUUCUGUGUUAACUAUACCUGAUAAAUUGCAAGAGAAAAACUCAGAAGAUUCCAUUAUACCCAUUGAACUUUCUGCAGAUCCAGGUACAUGGCCCCGGAUUUUGAAUAUUAAACAACGAGAGACACUUGUUGAAAAUGAUCUCCCUCAAGUAAGAAAUUUUGACUUUCCAAAAGACAAUACAGGGAGGAAAUUUUCAGAAACGUAUUAUACACGAGUUUUUCCAGAUGGUGAGAAAUAUACUAGAUGCUGGUUGCUUUAUUCAACCUCAAAAGAUUCUGUGUUUUGUCUAUAUUGCAGACUCUUUGGGCAAGGGAAAAAUCAACUGAAGAAUGAGAAUGGGUGCAAAGAUUGGCAGCAUUUAUCUCAUAUUCUUAGUAAACAUGAAGAAAGUGACACGCAUAUUAACAAUGGUGUUAAGUAUUCAAAAUUACAAUCUGAUUUGAGGAGGAAAAAAACUGUUGAAACUGCAGAACACAGAUUACAUGAUAAUGAGAAAAAUGGUAUGCUUUUAUACACAUAAUACACCAGAUUUUGAUUUUUGACAUGAGAGGGUCAAAUAUUUACACAGAAAAGAUGUACACUAACAAUACUAUUGGUUUUGUGAGGCUAUUGUACAGAGUAAUUGGCAAUAAUUUGUUAGCAAUAAGUAUUAGUAAGUCAAUAAUGAAGAAUGCUUCUAUUCCAGAUUCUGAAGCUAAUUGGAUUCAAUAGUCAAUACAGGUUUCAAUAAAGGCAAUUGUUAAUUUUCUCAAUGUGUCACCUUUUUCUCAAUUCUCAGCUUUUAAAUUGGUUUUUGAGGACUGGCAUUUGAUAAGUUGGAUUAAUUUUCUAUUCUGAUUGAUUUGAAAGAAAGACUUAAAUUUAUCAGUAUCAGCUUAAAUGAUGCCAAUGUGAACGAGAGGUGUUACUAAGGUAAAAAACAUUCAGAAAAAGCUGCAACUUUUUGCUAUUAAACCAAAUACUUGUUACUUAUUUCUUUUCAGCCAAAUAGUACAACUUGUUACAUUAAAUAAACUAAGGUAGUUUUAAUUGCAUUUUGUUGGUUUGGUUUCAGUUUGUAAAUGCCUUGACUUUUAUUGGUAGGCAAUAACUAUAGAGUGUAUGCUAUUUUUAUGUUGUUACAAAUAUAAGAAAUAUUAAAAUAAAAAUAUAUUGAGUUAACUUAUAAGUAUUG